AUGAAUGGUAUUAAUCAAGGUUUGAACACUCACAGAGCUAUAUAUCCUUUGAGAAGAGUCGAAGUGAAAACCUUUACCAUACCCACAGGAACUCAAUCUAAAAUCACGGAUCAUCUGUUUCAAGGCCAGAUGCCUAAACACAUCAUUUUAGGCUUUGUGGACAAUGCGGCUUUUAACGGAGAUAAAACUAAAAAUCCGUUUCAUUUCCAAAACGUGGGAAUUAAGAAAUUAGAUGUCAGUAUCAACGGAGAGACCAUGAGUACUCGUUGUUUCGAACCUAAUUUCAAUGAAGAUUUAUAUCUGAGAUCUUAUCUGAGUUUAUAUCAAGCACUGGGAAAAUUAGGAGAAGAUUGGGCCCCGGACAUCACCCUAGAAGAGUAUAAAAACUGGUACACUUUAUGGGGCUGGGAUUUCACGAAAGAUCAAGAAGCGCAAUCGGAUAAAUUCCAUAUCACAGAAACCGGAAAUCUGAGAGUAGAAGUCCAAUUUACGAACAAUACGGUGAACACCUUAAAUUGUGUGGUAUAUGCAGAAUUCGAUAAUCUGUUAGAAAUUAACAAACAGAGAGAAGUCAGUAUUGAUUAUUAA